UAUGUGGUGAUAAAAAUGACCAUUUCUGUUAGAACUUUAUCGAAAUAUUUAGCAUAUAAUAAGGGAGCAGCUGCUUCCCAAAAACUUGACAGUUUUGGUCUAGGUUUGUGUCAGUUCAGGUGUCCAAUGAGGAGUAUUGCCAACUAUUUAGGUUACAGUACAUCCAGUAAAAGUGUAUCUGGAGCAGCAGUUCAUGUUAGUGUUUCAACAAAAACUACGGAAAAUAUAAUUAUGGAUCGUACUGGACAAUGGGCCGCCGGUGACAAUGUAUGUCCUUUCAAACUCAGUGGUCAUGAUCGACUUCAAAGUCCUGCACUUAAUAAGGGUUUUGCCUUUACGUUGGAAGAGCGUCAAGCUCUAGGGAUUCAGGGACUUCUGCCACCGGUUGUCAGAAGCCAAGAUGAGCAACUCCAACACGCUAAACUGCUCAUUCAAAGGCUGGACGAUGAUCUCAAUAAAUACAUGUACCUUAUGAGUUUACUUGACAGAAAUGAGAAGUUAUUUUUCCGAUUAGUAACGGAUAAUCCAGAAGAGAUGAUGCCCCUUGUAUAUACUCCCACAGUAGGAUUAGCGUGUCAAAAGUUCGGUUUGGUUCUUCUAAAACCUAGAGGACUCUUCAUCACAAUUCAUGACAGAGGGCACGUCUACGAAAUAUUGAGAAACUGGCCUGAGCUAGAUGUACGAGCAAUUGUAGUCACCGAUGGAGAAAGAAUUUUGGGUCUAGGAGACUUGGGAGCUAAUGGUAUGGGAAUACCAGUUGGAAAACUGGCUCUGUACACCGCCCUAGCCGGUAUCAAACCUCAUCAAUGUCUGCCCAUAACCUUGGAUGUGGGUACAAACACCCAAACGCUGUUAAACGAUCCAUUAUAUCUUGGCUUGAGACAAAAGAGAGUAACUGGCAAAGAUUAUGAUGACUUCAUUGAAGAAUUCAUGCAAGCAGUAGUUAGACGAUUCGGACAAAAUUGUCUCAUUCAGUUUGAAGAUUUUGGAAACGCAAAUGCUUUCCGAUUAUUAGAAAAAUACAGGAACAGUUACUGCACAUUUAACGACGACAUUCAAGGAACCGCCAGUGUAGCCGUAGCAGGACUGUUAGCCUCCCUGAGAAUCACUAAGACAAGACUUUCUGACAAUGUGAUAGUGUUCCAGGGAGCUGGAGAAGCUGCCUUAGGUAUCGCAAAUCUAUGCGUGAUGGCAAUGAAACAGGAGGGUACUUCUGAAGCAGACGCAAAAUCGAAGAUUUGGUUAGUGGACUCGAAAGGACUCAUCGUGAAGAACAGACCAGAGGGUGGUAUAACGGAGCACAAGGCUCACUUCGCGCAAGCUCACGCCCCAAUUAGAACACUAACCGAAGUUGUAAAGACUGUGAAACCAUCUGUUUUAAUUGGAGCGGCGGCUGUUGGGGGCGCUUUCACGACUGAGAUCCUACAGGAAAUGGCCAAAAACAACGACAGACCAAUCAUUUUCGCUCUCAGCAAUCCAACGAGCAAAGCAGAAUGUACUGCCGAACAAGCUUAUACUCACACACAGGGAAAGGCGGUCUUUGCCAGUGGAUCACCGUUUCCAAACUUUACCCUGAACGGCAAAACAUACCACCCAGGACAAGGCAAUAAUUCGUACAUAUUCCCUGGGAUAGCGCUAGCUGUCGUAUGUGCCGGAAUCAGGACAAUUGGGGAAGAUGUAUUUUUAAUGGCAGCAGAGACGUUGGCCAAUCUUGUUUCCGAGACUGAUUUGGAACAGGGAAGUUUAUAUCCACCCCUCAGUACCAUCCAGAAUUGUUCCCUUAGAAUUGCAACGAAAAUUGUAGAGCACGCAUACAAAACUGGCAAUGCCUUUGUUUUUCCCCAACCGGACGACAUCGAAGCAUUCAUCAAAGGCCAAACGUAUAACACAAAAUAUGAACCAGCCAUUCCCAGCAUUUACUCGUAUCCAGUUUAAAUUGAAAAUAAAUUUAUUGUAACUUA